AGGGGAACUGUGUUUGAUGCGAACUACAUAUUGUUUUGUACCAGCAGAAACAGUUUGGAGGCGAUGGCCCAAUGGCCUUGGUCGUAUCAGCAACAGCCAAUUACGACGCGCGUUAUCACACACCAACAUUCUGACGGACGCCAUGAUUCUUGUUUUCCUUCAGUGGGUAACAGCUGACCCAAAGUGAAUUAGAAAAACAAAGGAAACGUAACGUACUCGCCAUCGCUGAUUGGUAUGCUCAUACAGUGUUACAGGGAUGCCCAAGGAAAAAUAUGAUCCGCUCGACCCGAGGCGGAUGUACACGAUAAUGUCCACUGAGGAGGCAGCCAAUGGGAAGAAGUCAUACUGGGCUCAGCUCGAAAUCAGUGCAACCUCCCGUGGCCUAGUAGGUAAAGUGAGGAGUCUGAGCACCUCGUUAUGGACGUUGACUCACCUCACUGCUCUUCAUAUCGGCGAUAACUCCCUCUGUUGUAUCCCACCUGAUAUUGCCAAACUUCAAAACCUGGUCUACCUGGACCUCUCAUCCAACAAGAUCAGAAGCCUGCCUGCCGAGCUUGGUGACAUAGUGUCUCUCAGGGAACUUAUUUUAAACAACAACCAGUUGAGGGUUCUACCUUUUGAGCUUGGAAAACUGUUUCAGUUACAAACACUGGGAUUAAAAGGAAACCCACUUGCACAAGAAAUAUUGAACCUCUACCAGGAGCAUGAUGGCACAAGGAAACUGCUCAACUACCUUCUGGGCAAUCUGUCAGGGAUUAAACGAGUCAGCUCAGAGCAGCCCCCACCCAGAUUAUGGAUUGUUCAGGCCAAGCCGGACCGGGCAAGAACAGCAGCCCUGUUCUCAGUGAUGUGCUACAACGUGCUGUGUGAUAAGUACGCCACUCGCCAGCUGUACAGCUACUGCCCCUCUUGGGCCCUCAACUGGGAGUUCAGGAAGAAGUCCAUCAUGCAGGAAAUCCUGAACUGCAGUGCUGACAUCAUCAGCCUACAGGAAGUGGAAACAGUUCAGUACUACAGCUAUUUCCUGCCAGAGCUGAAGGAGAAAGGUUACGAGGGCUUCUUUAGCCCUAAGUCCCGUGCCAGGACCAUGUCAGAGUGCGACCGCAAGCAUGUGGACGGCUGCGCCAUAUUUUACAGAACCGAAAAAUUCAGCCUGGUACAGAAACACACGGUGGAAUUCAACCAGCUGGCAAUGGCCAACUCUGAGGGCUCUGAGGCCAUGCUCAACAGAGUCAUGACUAAGGACAACAUUGGUGUGGCUGCACUUCUAGAGGUGCGCAAGGAGAUGAUGGAGCAGUCUGCGGGGAAGUCUCUGCACGGCGUGGAGAAACAGCUCCUCCUGGUGGCCAAUGCCCACAUGCACUGGGACCCGGCGUACUCAGACGUCAAGGUGGUCCAGACCGUCAUGUUCAUGUCUGAGGUGAAGAACAUUGUAGACAAGGCCACACGCAGCCUCAAGCUCUCCUCCAUCACCGGGGAGACCAACGCCGUCCCACUCAUCCUGUGUGCUGACCUCAACUCACUGCCUGACUCUGGUGUGGUGGAGUUCCUGAGCUCGGGUGGAGUGGACAGCACCCACAAAGACUUUCAGGAGCUGCGCUACAUCGACAGCUUGACCAACUUCAACUGCAACGGAAAGGAGGACACGUCCAACGGCAGGUUCACCCACGACUUCAAGCUGAAGAGUGCCUAUGAAAACGGCCUGAUGCCUUACACCAACUAUACUUUCCACUUCAAGGGCAUCAUUGACUACAUCUUCUACUCUCAGCCUACGCUCAAUGUGUUGGGGGUUCUGGGUCCUCUGGAUCCUCACUGGCUCCAUGAGAACAAUAUCAGCGGCUGUCCCCACCCCCACAUCCCCUCCGAUCACUUCUCUCUGUUUGCACAACUGGAGCUGCUCUUUCCCAAGCCGUCGUCAGUCAACGGAAUCCACCUGCCAGGACGCAGGUAGUUUUCAGAGCCACGAGGGAGCUGACGCUCUAAUCUUGUUCUAAUUUUCCUGCAAAGUCGAUUUAAGAAUAUUCUGGAUACAUCUAUGUGCAAUCAGAGGGGGGGGGGGUGUACGGCCAUCAUUCCCCCCAAGGAUUUUAACGGAAGCAAAAGCUCACGGCAAGUCUUUACCUCCUUUCCUGGGCACAAUGUGAUGUUGUAUUUUUUUCGCGCCAAAUCACACUUUGCAGUCCUUGGUGUUAUACAGUUUUUACAUCACCUAAGGAUAAGUUGUUGAAUUAUUGUGUGGCAAAUAGUAAAAUCUAAAAGUGAGAUAUUUUGAUAGGGAAGGAGUUGUCACCACACUCCAGCCCGAGCGAACAGGUACAUCUCAAGUUGCCACCGAUCAACUAGAUAAACCCACGAGGCCGAUAUACCUGUUUUUAACCAGAGUCUGUCUCCGCCUCUACGACUCCAAAUCCAUUCCCAUGCAUUGCUGUAUCUUGCCAUUAAGGUGUGUUGAACAGUGUAGCAGGUUUGGAGGUGCUGGAGAGAGCAGGCCAAAUGUUGUUUUUCCACUCGCUGAUGCGGAGACCACCUCUCCAGGUGCUAAAAUCCUGUCCUCUAACUCAGCGGCUCCAUUUUAUACUGAGUGGCGCAAUCGCUCUGUGCAGCUAAGGCACAACAGCAUUUCCAAACCUCUUUGAAAUACUGCUGUAAAAUGUCUAUUACAAGUGGAAUGGUGCCGUACCAGUGAUGAUACAUGUACACAUUCCGGCUUGUAGCGUAUCGAGACACACAGAAUUAACACCUCACUCCUGCUCUGUUUUUAUAGCCUAAUAUGAACAGAGCAAAAUUAAGGGACCACCUUUUUAAUAUUUCAAAGCAUUUUUAACUUUUAAUCACACAUCAUGUGCCAUACAGAGCCAUCAUUUGAAUCUAGCGUCAGAUAUUCAAAUAUUACGACAGCCACCAGUUAUUCACUCAGUGACCAUUAGUGGUUCUCAGUGACCAUUGGUGGUUCUCAGUGACCAUUAGUGGUUCUCAGUGACCAUUAGUGGUUCUCAGUGACCAUUAGUGGUUCUCAGUGACCAUUGGUGGUUCUCAGUGACCAUUGGUGGUUCUCAGUGACCAUUGGUGGUUCUCAGUGACCAUUGGUGGUUCUCAGUGACCAUUGGUGGUUCUCAGUGACCAUUGGUGGUUCUCAGUGACCAUUGGUGGUUCUCAGUGACCAUUGGUGGUUCUCAGUGACGGGGCUUAGGUAUUUAGAAAAGGGAAAAUGGUCAGUCUGACAGCUUCCCAUCAUGUUGUCCUUGGCCAGAGAGCCCAUCUCUGACCGCAUAGCUGUGUAGCCAUUUGUAAUUGGUCAGGGGCCAAGUUGUGUUGCAUUAUGGUUUAAGCUGGGUGGACAGCCCCCUAAAACAUGCUCUAACAGACAGAGCUGACAGAGCUGUAGCAAACGCUCUAAACAGGGUUAUUCCUUUCCAUUACUAAUAGCUAUUUGUUUAAUACAGAAACUUGGACUCAACUUGAUUGUAUUGUAAAAAUGAUUGUAUUGUAAAUGUUAAGGCAAAAUUUGUCUCCAUUUUCCAGUUAAAGAAAUGUAAAUGUCCAGCUUGUACAAUCGUUUUUUUUGUUUCAGGUUUCCACUGUUGAAAUUUGCACUCGGCCAGGUUCCAUUUCCCUGAUGAACCACUUGUUUUUCUUUUUUCAAUUAUCUAUUGAAUGCAUUUCACAGAGGCAGGUUUAUUGCAUUGUUGCCUACAUCUCUUUUGGCAUUUGGGGUAAAACCUGAAACCUUCAGCCUCACUGAUUCGGGUUCUCAACAUGGCACUGCCAGUGCUAUCAGUGAACACCUGAACUGUCUCCUAUUUCUCUCUGAAGUGUUUUAACAUUGUGAGUCGUUGGUUUAUUAGAUAUCAGACUUUAGUAGUUUUUUUCCCCCUUGUCUUAGUUAUUGUUAUUUAGAGUUAUCGGGAUGUUUUUUUAGCAGAUGACACUAUAAACCACUUGUCUCUAACUACUACACCACUUGUCUCUAACGUAUUUAGGUCUGUUUUUAUCAUGUCCUCUUUAUUGUUUUUGGAGGAAACCGAUCAUGAAGAAGUCUUGUGUAAAAUGGUUCUAUCUGACUCCUCAACUCAGGCCAUUCUCUUUAAGUUUUGUUUCAUGUUAUGUUUUUUUUUUUAUGUCUACUACUAGACCUACAGCGUUGAUGCAUUCUACUUCAAGGCCAUGUGUGAAGUCCACUUACAUACAGUCAAAAAAUACCAAGGUAAAAAUGGGGGAAUGUGUUAUUCCGAAAUAUUGCUCUUAGUCUGUUGUGACCCAGAACGGUGGUGUGGUCCAGUCCGUUGUAACCCAGAAUAGUGGCGUGGUCCAGCUUUUUUGCAAAUCACAGUGGAUAUACAGUUGAAGUCAGGAGUUUACAUACACUUAGGUUGGAGUCAUUAACUCGUUUUUCAACCACUCCACAAAUUUCUUGUUAACAAACUAUAGUUUUGGCAAGUCAGUUAGGACAUCUACUUUGCAUGACACAAGUCAUUUUUCCUACAAUUGUUUACAGACAAAUUAUUUCACUUAUAAUUCACUGUAUCACAAUUCCAGUGGGUCAGAAGUUUACAUACACAAAGUUGACUGUGCCUUUAAACAGCUUAGAAAAUUCCAGAAAACAAUGUCAUGGCUUUAGAAGCUUCUGAUAAUUCACAUAAUUUGAGUCAAUUGGAGGUGUACCUGUGGAUCUAUUUCAAGGCCUACCUUCAAACUCCGUGCCUCUUUGCUGGUCAUCAUGGGAAAAUCAAAAGAAAUCAGCCAAAGACCUCAGAAAAAAAGACCUCCACAAGUCUGGUUCAUCCUUGGGAGCAAUUUCCAAAUGGCACGUUUAUCUGUACAAACAAUAGUAUGCAAGUAUAAACACCAUUGGACCAUGCAGCCGCCAUACCGCACAGGAAGGAGAUGCGUUCUGUCUCCUAGAGAUGAAUGUACUUUGGUGUGAAAAGUGCAAAUCAAUCCCAGAACAACAGCAAAGGACCUUGUGAAGAUGCUGGAGGAAACCGGUACAAAAUUAUCUAUAUCCACAGUAAGACGAGUUCUUUAUUAACAUAACCCGAGAGGCCGCUCAGCAAGGAAGAAGCCACUGCUCCAAAACCGCCAUAAAAAAGCCAGACUACGGUUUGCACCUGCACAUAGAGACAAAGAUUGUACUUUUUGGAGAAAUGUCCUCUGCUCUGAUGAAACAGAAAUAGAACUGUUUGGUCAUCAUGACCAUCGUUAUGUUUGGAGGAAAAAGGGUGAGGCUUGCAAGCUGAAGAACACCAUCCCAACCAUGAAGCACGGUGGUGGCAUCAUGUUGUGGGGGUGCUUUGCUGCAGGAGGGACUGGUGCACUUCCCCAGAUAGAUGGCAUCAUGAGGAAGGGAAAUGUUGCUUCUAUAUAUCCACGUCAUCUCAAGACAUCAGUCAGGAAGUUAAAGCUUUGUUGCAUAUGGGUCUUCCAAAUGGACAAUGUUGUGGCAAAAUGGCUUAAAGACCACACAGUCAAGGUAUUGGAAUGGCCAUCACAAAGCCCUGACCUCAAUCCUAUAGAAAAUGUGUGGGCAGAACUGAAAAGGUGUGUGUGUGUGUGAGCAAGGAGGCCUACAAACCUGACUCCGUUACAAUAGCUCUGUCAGGAGGAAUGGGCCAAAAUUUAUCCAACUUAUUGUGGGAAGCUUGUGGAAGGCGACCUGAAGCGUUUGAUCCAAGUUAAACUAUUUAAAGGCAAUGCUACCCAAUACUAAUUGAGUGUAUGUAAACUUCUGACCCAUUGGGAAUGUGAUAAAAUAAAUAAAAUCUGAAAUAAAUCACUCUCUGCUAUUAUUCUGACAUUUCACAUUCUUAAAAUAAAGUGGUGAUCCUAACUGACCUUAGAUGUGAUUUUUACUAGUUUUAAAUGUCAGGGAUUGUGAAACUGAGUUUAAAUGUUUUUGGCUAAGGUGUAUGUAAACUUCAACUGUAUAACAUAUGAUCUGUUUAAAUUAUGGUUAUUUUCUCACAAGGCCAAUUUUCUUGUUUGUUUUGUUCUGCUCUCCUGAAGUUUAUUUUAUUUGAAGGAAUGAUGAGCACUUUAUUCUAGAACACUAGCGUAGCUACUCGUAUGGCUUUUUUAAAUGACGCUUUUGCCUUUUUGCAAAAGCAUAUUUUUUUAACGAAUUUUACCAAGCAGGGGAAAACUGAUGGAGAGGGUACGGUCUUGGUCCUUUUCUGUUGUCCCUUGUAAAACAGAUUUUUAUUUUUAACAAAAGCAAUGUAUCUGUUUAAUUAUAUUGGAUUGCUGAUGGUGUUGUCACUAAGAUUGUUUUGUGUUUGAAAUUGUCAUAAUCCAUCACGUUUCCUUUCUUUGACAUGAAGUAAGUGUAGUAUGAUUGGUUUCUUUGCUCAUUGUUUUACUUUUGUGUAAUUCUUAAACCAAAUGUUUUGUAAAAAUGUUAGCACACCAAAUUCUAGAUUUUUAUGGAGGAUUUAAACCGUAUUUAUAAAGAACAAAACAAUUGGCAAAUAUCUAGAGAAAAUAAUCAUUGAUAAAUAAAGAUUUGUCAUCGUCACAAAAUGAGAUUCUCCAACUUUUAGCUUUGUAAAAUCUUAUCUGGUACUGGGUAGGGGAUGUCUGCUAGUAGCUGAAGAGAUGGCUGGCGUAAAAAGCCUAUUUGCUUGUAGAUGUGCAGCAUUUUGAGGUUCCACUGAUUUUAGGCAACAUUUAUCAGACAAUUUGUCCCUUACACUGUUUCCCUGGCAGACCCUAGAGCAGGGUUCUCCAACCCUGUUCCUGGAGAGCUACCCUCCUGUAGAUUUGAACUCCAACCCCAGUUGUGACUAACCUGAUUCAGCUUAUCGACCAUCUAAUUCUUAGUCAGGCGUGCUAGAUAACCUUCAGGACGGUAGCUCUCCAGGAACAGAAUUGGAGAGCCCUGCUCUAGGGGGACGGAGAGGUUUGGCGGGUGCUACUGUUAGCACAGCCUCGUUGACAACAUUGAGCUACUCCCUGGCACUACUUUAGGUGUCUUGACUUCAUCUCUAGCCAUUUCUCUUACGUUUGUGAACCGGUGCAUGUUUGGCCACCACCGUCAUUGGCAAAAUAUGAAUUUGAUGUGACUGACAGGUUUGUGGCGCCUCUCAGCCGUCCUUAUGAAUAAUUGACCAAAACUUGCCAAUAAUAAAAAUAAUAAUGCUUUAAACUCAACUUUUUGCAAUAGUUUCCAGUUUGUAAUGCUUUUGCUGAAGUAUUUGGCAGAAAUUACAACCUUUCUGUUUUGUCUUUUCCAUGCUAUUUCCCAAUCCAUUUCCCUUUUCUUUCUGAAAGUAGAGGAAUAAAUGCAGUGGUUAUGCUUGUGGCCAGCUGAAAGUGAAGAACUGUAUAGAGGUAAUGCACUGGACCAACUCUUGUUGACCAUUUUUAUGGAAUACCAGCAACAAACUUGCACAAUGUUUAAAAAAAUAUAUAUAUAUAUUACACACAACAUAAUGGCAGCUGUUUUUAAUUAAACAAUUAAAUACAUAUUAUGUAAUGUGAAAAACACCUUGUUUACCAUGUCAUCCUCCAGUCUUCUUGGUUCGCUUCACUAGUUGUUUGGAACUGGGUCAGUUUGUUUCACUAGUUUUAUAACUGGGUCAGUUUGCUUUAUUUACACCUCUGUAUUUUUCCUACUUCUGGUUGAAAAAUAAAUUCUAUAUCUGUUUUAAA